AUGGCUAUCGGACGAACAGCGAUGAAUCCGUCUGUCCAGUCGGGGACUGUCCCCUAUUCGGUAGGCCUCGCAGCAAAUGACGCCUUGGACACUCUGUUGCAGUCUUCCGAGUCGGAACUGCCCACCGAGUUCUUACGUUACGUCCAAGAUGUCAUUUUCGACAGCCCCUCGGUGGAUGGCAACUCGGUGUGCCUGCCCUGUCCCAUGCGCCAACAAGAAGCGUGUGCGGCACUCAAGGCUCUCGAGGGAUGUGCUGCGGCUGCUAUCGCCGGCCUUCGAGAGCGGAAGAACAAGACCGACAUCAGUAUAAAUUUAGAACGUGUGACGUGCUUCUUGAUGUCCGCCUAUAUCGCCAACCUCGAUGGCCUGGAUAAGUGCAACCCAAAGAUCCGGUUUCGGCUGCCCGAUACCGACCUAAACAAUGCUCAGUCGAUUCUGUACCGCCGCCUGUCAGCGGGUCUCUACGAGACUCGAAACCCAGGCGAAUAUUACCAUAUUCAUGGUUCACUGGAAGCCAGCGCGACCCUGAGAAUGAUAGGGCUCCCCGCUUUCGUUCCUGGGUUGACCGAUUACAGGCAGUGUAUCAACACCAUUGAAGCCGCUGUCAAGCAGUUCUCUGCAGGCGAGCUAGAGCAAGGGAAUCAGAGAUAUCGACAAGCUGGCGUCAUUGCGCUCACCAACCAGCAGUAUAGGCAGACACCACACGGUGGGGUGAUGGACUCUCUGCCCCCUUUCACCGUACAGCCCCUCGACAUGUACACGCCGCCAGUCCCCUUUCUUGACGGCGAAGAUGGAGAUGGGCCAAGUCAAUGUCUCAAGGGGAUUCGCGUCAUCGAACUGUGCCGCGUGAUCGCCGGCCCGACAAUUGGUAGAUCACUGGCCGCGCAUGGUGCUUCCGUUUUGAAGAUCACGUCGCCCCAGGUGCCGGACGUGCCCUUCUUCCAACUCGACGUCAACGCGGGAAAGCAUACCACCUCCCUACAUUUGAAAGACCCCGCCGACCGCGCCAUAUUCGAGUCGCUCCUCGCGACCGCCGACGUCAUCCUCGACGGCUACCGUCCGGGCGUGAUCGCGCGCCUCGGGUACUCGCCUGAAGUCCUCGCGGCCAAAGCAGCGGGGCGCGGGCGCGGCAUCAUAUACGUAGCGGAGGACUGCUUCGGCGGCGCCGACGUGCUGGGCGCCGAAUGGGCCGGACGACCAGGCUGGCAGCAGAUCGCCGACUGCGUGACGGGCGUGGCAUGGGAGCAGGGGCUCUUCAUGGGACUUAACGAGCCGGUGGUGCCCCCCUUCCCCAUGUCCGACUACGGGACCGGUUGCCUCGGUACUGUCGCGGCCAUGACGGGCCUCUACCGGCGCGCCGUCGAAGGCGGUAGCUGGGUGUGCCGCACCUCCCUCUCGCAAUACAACCUGUUCCUGCUGUCUCUCGGCACGUACCCGGCCGCGGUGCAGGACCAGCUGCGGCGCCGGCAUGAUCCGCACUUCUUUGCCCUCCGCCAUAGUGACUCAGUCGACGAGGUCGGCGGGCGCGCCCUGCGCUCCAUUCGCCGCCUACACCCGGCGCUCUUCGCCGACACCAUGAUGCAGAGUGCGUACAGCGACGGCUUUGGCGGCAUCGUGACCUGGCCGCGCGAGGCGCUCGAGGUCGACGGACUGAAGGUUGGACAUGUGCGGCCCACAAGACCCAAUGGCUUCGAUGCGCCGACGUGGGAGGGCUGGGAGAGCGAUGAAUCUUUGUUGGACGGACCCACGACCUUGGGCUAG